AUGUUCAAGCAGCUCACCAUCCUCGCCAUCGCGGCCGGCAUCGUCUCCGCCGAGGGCUUCGCCAAAGUCGUCAACAAGUGCGACUUUGAGGUGACGCUGUGGUCCGUCGGAAAGGACGUGUCGGGCGGCCACACGCUGCAGCACGGCGAGUCGUACGCCGAGGCCUUUGCCGUCGACCCCAAGACGGGCGGCCGCACCCUCAAAAUCACCCGCGAGCGCGACGGCCUCUGGACCAGCAAGCCCCAGACCAACUUCGCCUACAGCCUCACCCAGCCCAGCAUCUGGUACGACCUCAGCGACGUCUUUGGCGACCCCUUUGCCGGCCACAAGCUGCGUCUGGCCAGCGACGACGGCGCCUGCACCGCCGUGCAGUGGGACGACGGCGUGCCGCCCGGCGGCAUCCACACGCACGUCUGCCACUCGGACGUCUCUGUCGUCCUCACUCUGUGCGCUUAG